AUUGUCAAAUUCCUUAAAAAAUACCAACUUUUUCUGAAACUAUAGAAAGUUGAUUGUCUGUCAAUCCCUUAAUAGAUAAUCCCAUUCAUUAUAUACUUACUUCAUUCAUCUAAAGGAAAAUAAUUAUAGAGAGGCAAACAAAAAUGGGGAGAGGAAAGAUAGAGAUAAAGAGAAUAGAAAACUCAAGCAACAGGCAAGUAACAUACUCAAAGAGAAGAAAUGGGAUCUUGAAAAAAGCUAAGGAAAUAAGUGUUCUUUGUGAUGCUCGUGUUUCUGUUAUCAUUUUUGCUACUUCUGGCAAGAUGCAUGAGUUCUCCUCGACUUCAAGGUUGGUUGAUAUUUUGGAUCAAUACCACAAGCUUACUGGGAGAAGAUUGUGGGAUGCUAAGCAUGAGAAUUUGGACAAUGAAAUCAACAAAGUCAAGAAAGACAAUGACAACAUGCAAAUAGAACUCAGGCACCUAAAGGGUGAAGACAUUUCAUCUUUGAACUAUAGAGAGCUCAUGAUAUUGGAAGAUGCACUUGAAAAUGGAGCCACUAGUAUCCGUAACAAACAGAAUGAGUUUAUGAGGAUGAUGAGGAAAAAGACUGAAAGUAUGGAGGAGGAGCAAGAACAUCUUAAUUGCCAAUUGCGUCAGCUGGAGAUAGCAAGCAUGAAUAGGAAUAUGGGAGAAAUAGGGGAAGUAUUUCAGCAGAGGGAAAAUGAAUACCAAAAUCUGCCUUUUUCCUUUCGAGUGCAACCAAUGCAGCCUAAUUUGCAGGAGAGGUUUUAAAAGAAAUUAAACCUCCAUCAAAUAUUUGCUUAAUGAAAGACUUUUUAAUGUUUUCUGUAUUUUAAUUUGUGCUAUCAAAGAACUUGGUGUGUAAUAUCAAUACUUAUCUACCUUAUGGUUUAAGUAACGUUAUAUAUCUAUCUAUAGCCAUUGUAUUCUGCAUA